ACCAAUAUUGGCAUGAUCAAAUCUAAAGUAAUGGAGUCGACAAAGACUACGGGGACUUCUGACAUCGGUAAUACUAGUACUCCUACUGAUGUUCCUUUGGUACCUUCAUCGUCAGAGCAUACAACCGUAGAGGUAGUUUUAAGUGAUCGUCAGCAUCUUGCGGGUGAUGUUCGUAUUGCACCAGUUCAGCGGCGGAGAAGUAAGAGAGUUUCGAAUGAAUUUGGUGGGAGUGAAGAGUUACCAACAAAUUUCGAGAUAUUUAUAUGGACUUUGUUCAUAUUUCAUUAUAACUUUUGUGAUUCCGCUUCUCUUCCCUCUGAUUAUCAGUCAAGUCGUAUCAUCUUCCUCGUCCCCAGCAGCAUCUCAUGUACAAGCAAGGAAUCUUGAGAGUUUCAAGGACAACUUGCAUUGCAGAGUCAAUGAAAUGAACUUGUACAAUGGCCUAACUCAACCAUCUAUCAAAGUAUUGAAUUCCAAAUUCUCACCACUAGAGUGGACAGCAUUAUCAUGGGGUAUCGGGAUAGUGCUAGUCAGUCCAAUUCUUUUCUACUUAUCUCCUUACCUGGAUCAUGGUCGUCGACCUCUGCUGGUUGUGUUGCUGCAGCUGCAUUCUCUGCUUUCACAUAUCACAUGCUCCAUUACACUGAGAAACUCACAAGCUUAUGGGUUGUCUCGAUUUUUAGCGGUCUUUUGUGGUUCAUCGGAACUCUCCAUGCAUUAUCCUCAAACCGGCCUUCAUCUGAAACAACACCCGCAAGCACCACUACAAGGACUAGUCAUUUGCUGUCCGUAUUCAAGUAUCCCCAUGCUGUAGGAAGUUUGGUUUCAGUACUGAUUUCAUCAUUCACAUCUACUUGCAUAUUCAUGGGCGGUUUACAUUACGUCGUAGGGCAACUAUGCGUCAAACCGGUCUUCCUUCUCUUCCUGUUCUUGAUUUACUUCGUUUUCCCAUUGUUUAGUCUCCCACUCUUCCAUCCAUUACAACUAGUAAUGAAAACAGAUGCAGUAAGAAUGCAAUUCUUAGGAUUCUUCGUCUCCGCGAUUACUUCAGGGGCGGUUUCUAUUUCAAGAACAGGGAUUGGAAUCAUGUGCACUUGUCAAUAUUGGUUGCAUUUCAGAGUUUAUCUGUUGGGAUUUUGCAUGCAUUUGGUAGAGUUUUGUUGCUGGACUGCACACCAGCGAAUAAAGAAGGUGUUUUCUCAGUAUGGUUUGCAUGGACUAGAGCUGUGGGUACAUGUAUCGGUUUCAUAGUUUCAUCAGCUUUCUUCGACAAAGUUGGAGUGACAUUCGGUAUAGCAUUUUGUAGUGUCGUUGCUGGUAUGAUUGUUCUGGUUUUGGGUAAAGUAAGUCAUUUAAGUGGAGCUGUUGCAGCUGGUCAUGUUGUAGAGGAAGAAGAGAAUGCUGCUAUGGGUGAACAAGGGUCACCGGAUGAUGCCUGAGACCUGAAUACCAACUAUUUUCCGGCGAUAACACGAAUUAAGAUCAAAAAAUUGGUUCAAUGUGCUUUUUUCUUUUUCCUUUUACCUCAUUGUUUGUUGAAUAAAUUGGUUUUGUUACCAUCUAAAAAUUCUUGAUUAUUUUUUAUGUAAGAUUAUAAACAUUUAUUGGAA